AUGAAAACCAGGUCAUUUCACCUUCUUAAGCAGUUGACAUGGCACCACAAUGAGACUAGCGACUCUAGAGCGCCGGACGACAUCGUGACUACGGUCUUAGCAGAAACCAUGCAGAGGUGACGACUAACAACUAAGGGAAAUACAACAGAGCGUGAUAUCCGGGCCAGGGGAACCUAACGGACAUAAAGCAAUGCGGCACACCUUAAGGAUAAAUCAUCGAGUAUACUUUCUCAGGAAUAGGGUUGCAAUUCUUCUUAGAGGACUAAAGCCAGCAACGACAAAGUAG